GACUCUACCGCUCCACCGCUCUACCGCGCCGGCAAACAUGCCGCGACCGACGCGCGACUCCUACGGCGAUCAAAAGCCGCCGUACUCUUACAUAUCGUUAACGGCCAUGGCCAUCUGGAGCUCGCCGGAGAGGAUGCUGCCUCUGUCAGAGAUAUAUCGGUUUAUUACAGAAAGAUUCCCAUACUACCGUCGGAAUACUCAGCGCUGGCAGAACUCUCUCCGUCACAACCUCUCAUACAACGAUUGCUUCGUGAAGAUGCCUCGUCGUCCGGAUAGACCAGGGAAAGGUGCGUAUUGGACGCUGCACCCGCAGGCCUUCGAUAUGUUCGAGAAUGGAUCCUUAUUACGCCGAAGAAAACGCUUCAGACUCGAUAAGAGACAGCAUGAUUUAAGAGAAGAAUUCGUAGAAAAACAGUCUAGACCAACUCAGAGACUCGAUCUGGACAGCUGUCCGAACGUCGCCAAGCCGAAGAAACUGUUCACAAUCGAUAGUUUAUUAAGUAAUGAUGAGGAUAAAUCAAGUGUUAAGAGUGCUGUGCGUGAGGACAGGAGCUCAUCUUUUCCUCAGCCUGAGCUGUUGGCUUUAGCUGCCAGUAUGUGGAAUCCGUCAAUUUGGUCUCAGUUACAUUUACCAAUUUUUUCUAAUUUACAAAUACCCAUGAAUAUAGAUUUACAUAAUUUAUUCCCUCUGCGAACACUAGAACCUUUAUAUCAAUAUAGGUAGGUAAAAUAAAUACGUGUUUUAGUAACUUAAUACAGAUCAUGAUGUUUGUUUUCUUUGG